ACCACAGCCCUGGCUCCUUCCUGCGCGCGCGCUCUCCCAGGACCAAGUGAAUAGUCCUCGCGCGAGCGGGACACGGUGGUGGAUGCAAUUCCGUUCCCCUGCAGCCGCCAGGAGUUCCCUGGCGCCGCAGGCAGCGUCCUCCUCCGAAGCAGCUGAGCCUGCACCUGGGCAGCCUGGACCUUCCUGCCCUGCCCUCGGGGCCUCGCGCGGGGGGCGCCUCGGGACACCCCCUGCGGGCCGGGUGGAGGAGGAAGAGGAGGAGGAGGAAGAAGAGGUGGACCAGGGUCUCUACCCUACACAAAACACCUGGCUGCGCUGCUGCUACUUAUCUUUUAGGGGGAGAAGAGGAGAGCCGGGGAGAGCCAUGGGGGGCUGCGAAGUCCGGGAAUUUCUUUUGCAAUUAGGUUUCUUCUUGCCUCUGCUGACAGUUUGGCAGGGAGACUGCAGUCACGUCUCCAACAAUCAAGUUGUGUUGCUUGAUACAACAACUGUGCUGGGAGAGCUCGGAUGGAAAACAUAUCCAUUAAAUGGGUGGGAUGCCAUUACUGAAAUGGAUGAACAUAAUAGGCCCAUUCACACAUACCAGGUGUGCAAUGUAAUGGAGCCUAACCAAAACAAUUGGCUUCGUACAAACUGGAUCUCCCGAGAUGCAGCUCAGAAAAUUUAUGUGGAGAUGAAGUUCACACUGAGGGAUUGUAACAGCAUCCCUUGGGUCUCAGGGACUUGCAAAGAAACCUUUAAUCUGUAUUAUGUGGAAUCAGAUGAGUCCCAUGGAAUUAAAUUCAAGCCAAGCCAAUAUACAAAGAUCGAUACAAUUGCUGCAGAUGAAAGUUUUACCCAGAUGGAUUUGGGUGAUCGUAUCCUCAAACUCAACACUGAAAUUCGUGAGGUGGGGCCUAUAGACAAGAAAGGAUUUUAUCUGGCUUUUCAAGACAUUGGAGCAUGCAUUGCCCUGGUCUCCGUCCGUGUUUUCUACAAAAAGUGCCCCUUCACUGUUCGCAACUUGGCUGUAUUCCCUGACACCAUCCCAAGGGUGGACUCUUCCUCUUUGGUGGAAGUCAGGGGUGCUUGUGUGAAGAGUGCAGAAGAGCGUGACACUCCAAAACUGUAUUGUGGAGCGGAUGGGGAUUGGCUGGUUCCUCUUGGAAGGUGCAUCUGUAGCACUGGAUAUGAAGAAAUUGAGGGUUCUUGCCACGCUUGCAGACCAGGAUUCUAUAAAGCAUUUGCUGGGAACACAAAAUGUUCUAAAUGCCCUCCACACAGUUUAACCUACAUGGAAGCAACUUCGGUCUGUCAGUGUGAAAAGGGUUACUUCCGAGCUGAAAAAGACCCACCUUCUAUGGCAUGUACUAGGCCACCAUCAGCUCCUAGGAAUGUGGUUUUUAACAUCAAUGAAACGGCCCUUAUUUUGGAAUGGAGCCCACCAAGUGACACGGGAGGGAGAAAAGACCUCACGUACAGUGUGAUCUGUAAGAAGUGUGGCUCAGACACCAGCCAGUGCGAGGACUGUGGUGGAGGACUCCGCUUCAUCCCGAGGCACACGGGCCUGGUCAACAGUUCCGUGAUAGUUCUUGACUUUGUGUCUCAUGUGAAUUACACCUUUGAAAUAGAAGCCGUGAAUGGAGUUUCUGAGUUGAGUUUUUCUCCCAAGCCAUUCACAGCUAUUACAGUGACCACAGAUCAAGACGCACCUUCCCUGAUAGGUACAGUGAGGAAGGACUGGGCAUCCCAAAAUAGCAUUGCCCUAUCAUGGCAAGCACCUGCUUUUUCCAAUGGAGCCACACUAGACUACGAGAUCAAGUACUACGAGAAAGAACAUGAGCAGCUCACCUAUUCCUCCACAAGGUCCAAGGCCCCCAGUGUCAUCAUCACAGGUCUCAAGCCAGCCACCAAGUACAUAUUUCAUAUCCGAGUGAGGACUACAACAGGAUACAGUGGCUACAGUCAGAAGUUUGAAUUUGAAACAGGAGAUGAAACUUCUGACAUGGCGGCGGAGCAGGGGCAGAUUCUCGUGAUAGCCACCGCGGCUGUUGGGGGAUUCACUCUCCUCGUCAUUCUUACUUUGUUCUUCUUAAUCACCGGGAGGUGCCAGUGGUACAUAAAGGCAAAAAUGAAGUCAGAAGAGAAGAGGCGAAACCACUUACAGAAUGGCCACUUACGCUUUCCAGGAAUUAAAACUUACAUAGAUCCAGAUGCAUAUGAGGACCCAUCCCUAGCAGUUCAUGAAUUUGCCAAGGAGAUUGAUCCCUCAAGGAUUCGCAUUGAGAGAGUCAUUGGGGCAGGAGAAUUUGGAGAAGUCUGCAGUGGGCGUUUGAAGACACCAGGGAAAAGGGAGAUCCCAGUUGCCAUCAAAACUCUGAAAGGUGGCCACAUGGAUCGGCAAAGAAGAGAUUUUCUAAGAGAAGCUAGUAUCAUGGGUCAGUUUGACCACCCAAAUAUUAUUCGACUAGAAGGUGUUGUCACAAAAAGAUCCUUCCCGGCCAUUGGGGUGGAAACGUUUUGCCCCAGCUUCCUGAGGGCAGGGUUUUUAAACAGCAUCCAGGCUCCGAAUCCAGUGCCAGCGGAAGGAUCACUACCCCCCAGGAUUCCUGCUGGCCGGCCAGUGAUGAUCGUGGUGGAGUACAUGGAGAACGGGUCCCUGGACUCCUUUUUGCGGAAACACGACGGCCACUUUACAGUCAUCCAGUUGGUCGGUAUGCUUCGAGGCAUUGCAUCAGGAAUGAAGUAUCUUUCUGAUAUGGGUUAUGUUCAUCGGGAUCUAGCAGCCAGGAAUAUAUUGGUCAACAGCAACUUAGUAUGCAAAGUUUCUGAUUUUGGUCUGUCCCGGGUGCUGGAAGAUGAUCCAGAAGCUGCUUAUACAACAACUGGUGGGAAAAUACCCAUAAGGUGGACAGCCCCAGAAGCCAUCGCCUACAGAAAAUUCUCCUCAGCAAGCGAUGCAUGGAGCUAUGGCAUUGUCAUGUGGGAGGUCAUGUCCUAUGGAGAGAGACCGUACUGGGAGAUGUCUAACCAAGAUGUCAUUCUGUCCAUUGAAGAAGGUUACAGACUUCCGGCUCCCAUGGGCUGUCCAGCGUCUCUACAUCAGCUGAUGCUCCAUUGCUGGCAGAAAGAGAGAAACCACAGACCAAAAUUUACUGACAUCGUCAGCUUCCUUGACAAACUGAUCCGCAAUCCCAGUGCCCUUCACACUCUGGUGGAGGACAUCCUUGUGGUCAACGGACCCCACAGCCAGUGCCCGUCAGCAGAGCUCCCUAACUGUUCUAUGGCUGUACAAGCAGGCAGAAUUCCAGAAUCCCCUGGUGAAAUUCCUGAAUAUCCUUUGUUUGUCACAGUGGGUGACUGGCUGGAUUCAAUAAAGAUGGGGCAAUACAAGAAUAACUUUAUGGCAGCAGGCUUUACAACUUUUGACCUGAUUUCAAGAAUGAGCAUCGAUGACAUUAGAAGAAUUGGAGUCAUACUCAUUGGACACCAGAGACGAAUAGUCAGCAGUAUACAGACGUUACGUUUACACAUGAUGCACAUACAGGAGAAAGGAUUUCAUGUAUGAAAGUACUACAAGCUCCGGUGUCUUGUGCCUCAGCAUUUCUGUAAUGAAAGAUAUCCUCUCUACUACCCUCUCACCUGAUUCUCCAAACAUCACUUUACAAACUGCAGUUUCCUGUUAAGACUACAGGGCACACGCCUUUUGUUUAUGCUUCCAACCUGGAUUUUAAAAUCAUGCUUCAUAGCUCCUCUCCGAAUAACCUGCAAAUAAAACCCUGGCCCACUGCAGAUUAUCGCUACACAAUGGUAAAUAACUCAGCAUGGAUGUGUAACUUUGUAUAACAGUAUUCGGGAAGUGUUCAGGGACUUAACGCAAAGGAAUUUGCCCAGGUGUGUCUUCCUUGGUGAUGUAUUUAGAGUUUAAUGGUAGAUGAAAAAGAAAUAAUCGACCUUAUUUUCAUGCUUUGUG